AAAAAACCGGACUGAACAUUCGUGAAUUCUAUUCAAUUAUAUUUUAAAUAUACUUUCAACCGUAAUCGUAUUGAUGUAUUUUUAAAUUGAUGGAAAUUUACGACAUUCCGGAGUAAAAAAGCAAAUAUUUUUCGCCCGUGGAAACCGUAUCUCUGGGAUACACUCGAUACGUUCUUUUCCCGCGAUCAAAAAUUCGAAACUUUCGCACCGAUUCCAGCAAAAAUGGACUGGCCAGAAGAUGACGAAUACCCUUCGGUUUUUUCCAAAAGAUAUUCCAUAAUGAUGGCGGAAGAAUCCUCACUGCCUAUUAUUUAUUACCGAUCGCAAAAUUCAUUAUCCACGACUUUAGAUCAGAUGAUCGACGAGCUGUUUAGAGUAAAAGGGGGAGCACGCGCGAUCCUAUUCAGAGACGUAUUAAUAAUUUAAUAAUCCUAGCGCAAAACAAAUUGAUAUUAAUUGCAUUAAUGAAAGAAGACAGGAGACAUCGAUGAAAGUAUUACUUGCAUCGAGAACGGAAAAGAAAUUUCACCAAAUAGGAAUAAUUUAAAUUUAUACUAGUGCAAUGGAAAUAGAUACUUUCAAGAGGUACGAAUGAGAUUAGACAUAUUACUCGUUUGAUCUGGUUAUGGCACCCAUGCGAGUGAAUAUUAUGUACGCUACUGAUCGUGACGCGGGCAGUGAUGCCGUAGUCAAGGAGACCGCAGUAGCAGACAACCAACACUCCGACCAGCCGUCGACAACAAAAUAUACAGGUUCGUCGGAGUGUGCUGCUCCGCUUUUCCGCUUCUACGGUGCCUUCGCCAUCCGCGUGGUUUCCUGGGUGACAAGCCACCGCCGUUUCUUGAUCGGGAAAGGGCCGGUUGAAAUCUGUCGGGGGGAAACGUUCGGCCGCGUAAGUGCGCCCGGGCGUCGUGUUGAAAGUACACGCCAUUCAUGAAGACAGAUUCUUCCCUUCACAAACGGGGAGGCAGCAGCGGUGGUGAUACGGUGGGAGUAGAGAGAGGUGAAGGAGUGAUUGCCAUGACUACAACGGGAGCUCAGUAUGCCCUCGCAGCAUCCACCAGAGCUAAUAACAGUGGGGGUAGCUCUACAUCAGUGGGGGUGGAACCAAAGCCAAGCGUUGUUGUCGUGACUACUUCCAGCUCCAGUGGCAGUGGCAGUGGAAGCGUGGCACAGAGCCAGUCGGCAAGAGGGCAACAGCUUAUCACUGUUGUUACCAGUCCUGAUCCUUCCAGUCCAAAUUUACAACCUAUACAGUUAUUGGUUCAGGACCCGCUUGAAACAGCUGCAGAUUCUUCCAACGGCUCAACAGGUACUCCAGCACAUGUUACAGCACAAGUAGUUGUGAAUACUACUCACUCAGGACAGCACACCCUUGUCGAUUCUGACGCUGCGUCCACAUCGGCUGGCACCAUCGUCGGUGGUUCCCCGCAUUUUAUAACAGUAACAGGCACCAGUGAUUCACCAUCCUACGCGUCCCUCACAACGGCAGUAGUGUCAGGAGAACCAGAGGCAGUGGGGUCCGAGUCGGUAUCUCAUCCUACCUAUGUUCAAUAUGUUGAGGGGGAUGGCUCCACGUAUAUACCGACAAAUGGUCAGAUGACAUAUCCUGUAUAUGCUGUGGGAGAAGCAGGUGCAAUGUAUACUCCUGCUUCGAGCCAGUAUUACACCCCAGCAUCUACACCGGUGACAUAUGCACAGGUCACUGGUCAAGGUUCAAAUUCUACAACUGGACAAUUAUUAUCUCAGGGCAAUGGCACGUAUCUAAUUCAACAAAGCGUCGUAGAUGGAGAUCCCACUACACAUGCAUUAAUAUCCGCAGCUGCUGCUCGUGCUAGUCCACAAACAGAAAAUGCGGAAUCUGUGGUUAGCGGGGGUGGAGGGGCGUACUUGAUCAGCGGUAAUUCAGGGGGUGCUACUGUCACCGUGGAAGAUGCUGCAGCAGCAGCAGCAAACAUGACGCAUGCCACUAGAGUUUCACAAGCCACAGUUCAUUGGUUGCUCGAAAAUUACGAAACAGCGGAUGGUGUUUCUCUUCCAAGAUCAACUCUUUACAAUCACUAUUUGCGUCAUUGUUCUGAAAAUAAAUUAGAUCCUGUAAAUGCUGCGAGUUUUGGAAAACUAAUACGUUCUGUCUUUUUGGGUUUAAGAACCAGACGAUUAGGCACAAGAGGAAAUUCAAAGUAUCAUUACUAUGGAAUUCGGGUAAAGCCUAGUUCUCCUUUGGUGAUGUUGAACGAAGAUGGAACCCCUCGUCAGCAACAAAAUGCAAAUUCACAGACGAAACGAUUCAAAUUUGUGAAUCAAAAGCAGGACGCUACGUAUGAAAAUAACACGCAUUCGAAUACGAAUAUUUCGUCGAAUACUUCACCGCCGCAGUAUCACCAGUAUCUUGGAGAAGCGAGCGGUGCCAUUCCAGAAUUUCCCGAAAUAAUAGUCGGGCAUGGUUCGUCUCUUCCAGAGGACUGUACGUUAGAAGACAUCGAUACUUUUCGUAGUAUAUACAGGGAACACUGCGAAGCCUUUUUAGAUGCUGUACUCAACUUUGAAUUUGCUACUGUAGAAAGCCUUUGGAGAGAAUUUUGGCGCAGUCAAGACAAUAAUAACGGCGACGAAUGCGAGGAAGAAAAGUACUUAUCAAAGACUAAGCUAUAUCAAAUAUGUAAAUGUUCUGAAGUUCAAGAUUUCAUUAGAAAGGUUGAUUAUACGUUUUAUCAAAAUCUGGUUGAAGUAUUAAUGCCUAAUGUACUACGACCUAUUCCAAGUUCGUUAACACAGUCAAUUAGAAAUUUUGCAAAAGGAUUAGAAUCAUGGCUGACAUCAGCUAUGGCCGAUUGUCCAGAAGAAAUGACCCAGAUAAAGUUGACUGCUGUAUCUGCAUUUGCUCAGACACUAAGGCGUUAUACAUCGUUGAAUCACCUUGCUCAAGCUGCACGCGCAGUGCUUCAAAAUUCUAGUCAAAUAAAUCAAAUGUUAGCCGACUUAAAUCGCGUUGAUUUUCACAAUGUACAAGAACAGGCUUCAUGGGUAUGCCAAUGCGAUUAUGCAAUGGUACAACGUUUAGAAGCAGAUUUUAAAGUGACUCUGCAACAACAGAAUUCGUUGGAAGAUUGGGCAAUCUGGUUGAAGAGCGUCGUAACGCAAGUUCUAAAACCUUUCGAAGAGAAACCAACAUUUGCUAAAGCUGCACGUCAAUUUUUGCUCAAGUGGUCAUUUUACAGUUCCAUGGUUAUUCGCGACCUGACUUUAAGAAGCGCAGCUAGUUUUGGAUCUUUUCAUCUUAUUCGAUUAUUGUACGAUGAAUACAUGUUUUACUUGAUAGAACAUCAGGUAGCAGUUGCUACAGGAACAACCCCGAUAGCUGUGAUGGGAGAUAAAAGUCAAACUUGCUCUUUAGUUAGCGCGUUUGGUGCAACUUCUAACGGAGAUACAUCUAAUACAUGUCAACCAAAGCGUAUGAAAUUGAGCUAACUGCGUGCCUACGUCCUUUAGUUUGGAAGUGAGCCAGUAGCACCUGAUAACGAAACGUUAGCACAAGAGCAUGCAGGCCUAUUAACACACUAGUCCCAUAAAUUAUAAUUUUAUAUAAGAUAAAAUCUUAUUGUACUAUGACUUAACAAAGAAGAUUUUUGCAUAACACCCAGGAUGUAUACAAUCUAAGUAAGUUUGUGUGAUAUAAUAUGUAGGAACAUGUACUGCAAUCUUGUUUCAUACAAAACAUAUGAUUCAAGUAUAAGGUAUCGCUGGCACGAUGUUUAGUACGUUAAAUGUAUUGUCUAGUCGAAACAUCUUUCAAAUAUGUAUGGGACCAUGAAUUUGUCAUGCCCUUAUAGUAUUCAGUAUUAAAAGUUUGCUCGACUGAAUAUUUUUCUCAUGUUCAGAUAAUCCAAAUUCAUUGUUUUAAUAGAGAAAAUGAAUUACAAAAUUGAUUAAUAAAUUCUUGUGAACGUCUAUUAAUUUUAAUAGGAUGGUAAAGAAAAAUAAAGUCGAGCAAACUUAAAAUAAUAGACAUUUUGUGCAAAAGAAAACAGUCGAAAAUUGAACAGUUUUGAUAGGGGAAAUUAUUAUUCCCAAAUUUGUAUCGACGAAUUCUAUUUUGCACAAAUACUCGAAUAACAUUUUACCAAAUCCGCCCGUCGACGGUAUUGUCAAAAAAAGAAUAACUAUUCCUACCGGAACAGAUGCAAAUUAGAUUACUAUAAUUAUAUAAUCGUACAAGUUUUAAAUACUACUCCCAACAUUCAUAUUUUUUAACACGAUUUAUUAAUUAUACAUCGAGCUAUGUAAAAGUUUUGUUGUAAACCAUCUGUUACACUUAACAUAUAUAUUCUUUCAGUAUUUUUAAACGAAUAGUACAAAACAGCGGUGAAGAAAAACUAUGAACGAAAUGAUAUAAUAAUGUAGUCGUUUUAAUUUACUGAUAGAAUAUACAUCAUGGUUCUUACAUUCAAUGUACAUAUGCAAAUGGUGUGACAGAUAAAAAUGCACAGUUGUUGAAGUUUAAUGAAAAAAAAAAGAAAAGAAAAAAAUUUCAAACUGUAAGAAUAGAAGAUGAGUGUCUUCAAACAUGUUUCGCAUUUAAUUUAAAUAUAUUUUACUAUAAAGAUCUAUUAGUAAUAUGAUUUAUAAUUGGAGACACUCGAAUAAUUCUUCUGUACAUAAUAUUAAAUCUUAAGUGUGCAUUGUGAAUUUCACGUUAUACAUGCAUAUAUAUAUAUUUUUUUUUCUUUUUGUUAUGUAUAUAUUAAUUGACAAACGUAUGUUCAAAAUGUGUAAACUGUUUCAGACGUCGAAAACAUACGUGUUAUUUUUUGUUCUUUAUACUUGUGUUUAAAUUCUAUUGUGUUCAUGAAGUAUUUAAUAAUCUAUUAUUUUAAUUUUAUAGUCAUUUUCUAAAUGUCGUAAAUUGCACUGGACUGUUUGAAUCAAUGCAAACGAGAAUGAAUAUAUAGUGAUUAUUUAUAGUAUAAUACCAAAAGACUUACAUUACGUUAAUUUCUUUUUUCUGUAAAUACUUUAACAUAUAUGUUUAAAAAAGUGAAUACGAUCUGUUGCA